CGUGCAAAAGGAAAAGCGAACUAUUGGCUUUUGUCACAGCCAUCGCUACUUUCUGGAGACAUAGACGACAUUUUCACACAUAUGCAAUCCAGAUUCGGAACUAAAGGAAAUUUCUUAGAGCUGCGACAUAAGCUCGAAAAUCGCAAGUGGUAAUAUGACGAGAUGUUUGCGUGCUACUACUACGAUAAACUGAUGCUAGCGAGUAAAGUGAAUAUCAAAGACGACGAGUUGGUCCAGUAUUUGCUGGAUGGCAUUCCAAAUGUGUAAUUGAAAAACCAAGGUAAACUUCAGCGUUUUUCUACACCGGUUGCUGUUUUGGAUGCCUUCCAGGAUAUCAAGAUGUCACGACCCUCAAAUGGAGCUAUGAGAACAGGGGCAGUACAGAAAACAGCGACCCCGGACCAGAAGGUCACCAAAUGUUUCAACUGCAACAGCUUUGGGCAUAUGGCAGCAGAAUGCCGUAAGCCUAAGCGCGAUGAUGGAGCAUGCUUUGCAUGCGGCAAGCUGGGACACCGGGCUAAGGAAUGUUCGUUGUACAAGAAGACAAAGCUAAACGACAAUUACAGUGCCUCUUAGAUUCAGGAAGCCCAAUAACAAUUUUGAAAAAAUCUACAGUACCAAAUGAAGUCACACUAAGCCACAAUGAAUCGGCACUUACAUAUUUUGGAAUUAAUGACAGUAAACUGAAUAUAAUUGGAAAAAUUACUUGUUUG